GAUAAAGAAGUUACAGAGAACUCUUUCAUGUCGUGGAGACUCUCACAAAACCGUUCGUCGUCAUGGCACUACCGCUGCCUGUGACUUCCUGGCAAGACAUAACUAUUUUCGGACAGUGAACACUCACUCUGUUCACUUGUCCUUUGAAUUCAUGAAUCGUUCACCUCUUUGAUUCCUACACUUCCAUUUUAUCAUUCCCAAUCACGAAAUCUGUUCAUUAUUCGUUACAAUGGACGUCAAGGAACCCAUCCAAUCUGAGGGCUCAUCCAUACCGAGCUUUGACGCAACCAAGGAAGUCAAAGUUAACUCACAGGAACUCAACACCGUUGAGCGAGCCAGUGGCGGGUUUGACACCUUAUCUACCAAAAAGCUGAUGCGCAAGAUCGAUUACAAUCUAAUCCCUUUACUCGCAUUGCUGUACCUGCUCAGUUUCCUAGACCGCACCAACAUCGGCAAUGCGCGUCUCGCCGGGCUCGAGUCGUCGCUGGGAAUGAACCCCCAGAGCCUCGACUACAACAUUGCCAUCAGCGUCUUCUUCCCAUUUUAUGUCGCAGCUGAGAUCCCGUCCAACUUGGCCAUGAAGCGAUUCCGUCCUUCGAUCUGGAUUCCCUUCAUCAUGGUCUUGUGGGGUGUAACUUGCGCUGCCAUGGGGACGGUUACCAAUUACGCUGGUCUUAUCGCUGCUCGAUGCGCACUUGGAAUCGCGGAGGCAGGUCUGUUUCCCGGUAUUGCAUACUACAUUACUCUGUGGUACAAGCGGCAUGAGUGCGGCUUACGAAUGGCCAUCUUCUUCUCGGCAGCUACAGCGGCUGGUGCUUUUGGUGGUCUUUUAGCCCGUGGUAUCGUCGAAAUGGACGGUGUCGGUGGUCGUCGUGGAUGGGCCUGGAUCUUCAUUCUUGAAGGAAUACUUACCAUCAUUGUCGCCAUCGUCGCCUUCUUCAUCAUGAACGACUACCCCGAUACGGCCAAAUUUCUCAAAGCCGAGGAGAAGAUCGAAGUUCUCCGCCGGCUGGAAGAAGACCGCUCAUCCCUUUCCGACGAAUUCGACAUGCGGUACUUCUGGCAUGCAUUGAAAGACUGGAAGAUCUGGGUGCACAUGUUUAUCUCGAUCGGCAUUUCCAUACCUCUCUACUCCUUUUCCAUAUUCCUGCCUACCAUCGUUAAGAAUCUAGGAUACACCAACGAUAAGACGGCUCAGCUCAUGACCGUACCUCCUUUUAUCGCCGCCUGUAUCUGCUGCAUCGGUAGCGGUUGGUUGGCGGAUCGACAUGGCCAGCGCGGUAUUUACAUGAUCUUCUUCAACCUUGUCGCCAUCUUAGGCUUCAUUUUCCAGAUAUGCUCCAGCAACAACAGGCUGAAAUACGCGGGAACUUUCCUUGCUGCUAUGGGUAUGUUCCCGAAUAUCCCGCAAAGUGUCGCGUGGAACGGGAACAACAUCGGUGGUUCCACCAAGCGUGGAGUUGGUAUCGCCAUGCAUGUCGGAUUCGGAAACCUGAGCGGAGCCAUUGCCGGAUUCAUGUACCGCACUAAGGAUGCGCCCAUGUUCUAUUCCGGCCAUGGUACCUUGAUUGCCACCGAAACCAUGUCGCUUAUCCUCUGUAUUUUUAUGACCCUCUACCUGCGUAAGGAGAACGCGCGCCGAGACCGCGAGUACAAGCCUCCGUCUGAGUACACUGAUGAGGAGCGGGCCUUGGAGAGAGAGAAGGGCGACAACGCGAGUUUCUUCCGGUACACUGUCUGAGUGUGCCAAGGAGUGAGUAUGACUGCUUGAAUAUAGACACUAGUUUACAACUGGGAGGAGCAAGCGAUGUGGUAAUAUAUUCUGCUAGAUAUGAGAGUAGAGAGUAAACUUCAG